AUGAAGUAACUCAUUGACUUGACUAUUGAUAAUUGUUAGUAUUAAGAUAAAAUAUUUAAAGUGUCUAAUUAAAUAACUAUCUAUCUAUCUAACUAACUAACUAAUUUAAUCAAAUUUAUAUUUAAAAAUUUCCAUUCUUUUUCUAUCUUAAUUAAUCUUUCAAAAUAAAUUGGCGAAAAGCAUUUAUUUAGCUAAAUUUAAUAACUAAAUUAGAUAUUUAAUAAUUUUUUAAGUAAAUAAAACUCAAAAACUUUUUAAAAAGUGAUAACAUUUGAAAAAAGAUUACAGCAUACACCUAGAGUAGUUCGCUUGACUAAUAUAUUAUUGUUAAUCUCAGAUUAUAUUUCUAGAAUUAACUUUAAAAUGUAAUUUAUGGCUUUCAAAAUUAAGAUAAAAUAUUUAAAUUAUCUUUAAAAAUAAAAAUUGACUUCAAGUAUGUAUGUAUGUAUGUAUGUAUGUAUGUAUGUAUGUAUGUAUGUAUGUAUGUAUGCAUUUAAGCUUAAUCUUAUUAUUAAAUUUGAUUAAAAAAUAUUUCUGAAUUAAUAAAUCAAAAACUUUUAAAAAAGCAACAAAUAUUCAUUAACAUAUGUUAAUAAAAAUUUAUUUUAAAACAAAAAUGCCUCAAAAAAUAGUUUGGUGCCAUGA